CUGGGCAGGGGAGCCUGGGACUAAAAGAGGCUGAAACUGCCAUCUGUGGGCAGGAUCUCUCUUGGCUUCAGUGUCUGCUCUGGGAGCUACCCACACAUUUUCAUAUUUAAUCAAUCUAUUCCUAUGGUGCCAUUCUCAACACCAGCUAAUUGCCAUCCUAUACUGAGAGGAGAGGAGCUAGUGUCACCAGGGCUUUUUAUGUGACAAGCAGAGCAAAUACAGAAGCAAUCUCCAGACAUGUUCUUCAGAUAUUUUUCCUACUUUGGUCUGUGUUUUUUCCUUCCAACCCAAGGGAGCUCUCUGGGUCAUGGAUCCAGCUUGCAUGGCAAGGGCACAAUGUCCCUCCCUGGAUUUGAGAACCUCACAAUGGGGUACAACAAAUACCUCCGGCUCUACUUUGGUGGAGAACCUGUACAAAUUGCAAUAAGUCUGGACAUUGCAAGUAUUUCUAGUAUAUCUGAGAGUGACAUGGAUUACACAGCCACCAUCUCCCUGCAGCAGCGCUGGACAGACCCGCGGCUGGUCUUUCAUGGCAACAAGAGCUUCACGCUUGAUGCUCGCCUGGUGGAGUUGCUCUGGGUGCCAGACACCUACAUUGUGGAGUCAAAAAGGUCCUUCCUGCACGAUGUCACUGUGGGCAACCGUCUCGUCAGGCUGUUCUCUAAUGGCACUGUCUUGUAUGCCUUAAGAAUCACUACUACUGUUGCCUGUAACAUGGACCUGUCAAAAUACCCUAUGGACACACAAACAUGCCGACUGCAGCUAGAAAGCUGGGGCUACGAUGAGAAUGAUGUCACCUUCACCUGGCUGCGGGGAAACAAUUCCGUGCGCGGCAUCGAGAAGCUGCGGCUCUCCCAGUACACGGUGGAGCACUACCACACCCUGGUCUCCAAGUCACAGCAGGAGACAGGCAGUUACCCACGACUGAUAUUACAGUUUGAACUGAGAAGAAAUGUCCUUUACUUCAUUUUGGAGACCUAUGUGCCCUCCACUCUGCUUGUCAUGUUAUCCUGGGUUUCUUUUUGGAUCACACUGGACUCAGUGCCUGCAAGAACCUGCAUUGGAGUUACAACAGUGCUUUCUAUGACAACUCUGAUGGUCGGUUCACGAAGUUUACUUUCAAAAACCAACUGUUUCAUUAAGGCCAUUGAUGUUUAUCUUGGCAUCUGCUUCAGCUUCAUCUUUGGUGCCCUUGUGGAGUAUGCAGUGGCUCACUACAGCUCCUCACAGAAGUGUGCAGCUAAAGUACCAGAAGAGGGGCCUGCAAAUGAACUGACUGAAGAAAUGGAAGAAGUUAACAUUACCAACAUCAUAAAAAAUUCCAUCACCAGCUAUAAACAGAAAAUCAGCUUCGCAAGCAUUGAGAUUUCCAGCAAUAAUGUUAACUGCAGUGACUUGACCAUGAAAAGUCAUGAGAAAAUCAAAUGUGUCUUGAGGAACAAAAUGCGCAGGAUCAUUGGUUAUUUCACAAUUCAGAACCCUGGCAAUGUGGAUCACUACUCCAAAUUGCUUUUCCCUUUGUUUUUCAUGGUGGUCAAUGUGUUUUAUUGGGCUUAUUAUCUGUAUUUUUAGUAGAAAUUAGUUGGUUCAUUCUCCUACUUCAGCAGGAGAGGAACUGUGCCAGUGGGCAUCCAGGUACCUAACCUCAGUGAAUUCAAUGUGGACAAAAAUCUUCCUUGUGUUUCCUGAGGUACCCAGCAGAAGUGUGUGAGGUGUGCAUGCAUCAGCAGCACUGACUCUGACAGCAGCUGUUCAGCUGAGUGGCUGUGCUGGGCUCUUCUGCUCAUAGCUGCAUUUCAUUCCACACCUCACCUGGCUGGAGAUGGGUGUGCAGGACUGCACUGGCAGCUACAGAGCACUACAGGUGGCAGAAUUAUUUUGGUAGCUUGGAGCAUACUGGAACCUUCAAGUUGAGAUGUCCCAGAGGAUGCAUAAGCUCAUGACUGUUAUUCUUUGUUUGCCAGAGAGAACAGAGGGACUGUGAUUGCUGCCACAAUAGCUGCUCUGUUGCAGUGAGAGCCCUGAGGCAGCAGCAGGAGCUCAGUGCAGUGCAGCACAGUGGGAUGCUCCUGUGCAUGGUGCUGCUUUGUCCUGGGUGGUACAGUGCCAGGAUUAGUACUGCACAGUGGUGCCUCACUGCUUUUAAUCUGUAACUCACUCAGAUAACCCUCACUUGCUGAAGUUCUCCAUCCCCAAGACACAUGGAGGGUUGUUGUUUGUUGAGCUGAAUUUUUUCAGAGAUUUGGGAACAUGAAAUAGAGACAGCAAAGUUAUUUUGUAACCUAUCUCUUAUACUCUUCCUGCUGUACUGCGCAUGAACAGAUUCUACCCCUUUCCAUAUCUUCCUCACAAAUUAUUUUUUUGUCCUGGAGAAUGUUUCCUUCAGUCUUCACUACUACAAGCAACUCUCACUCCUUUGCCAGCCAUAGGCACAAGUGGCCAUUUGUCAUCCCCUCCUUUACAUGGCUGUGCAGCUGUGGCAAGUCAGCAGUGCUCCUGGGUGAAAAACCUGCAUGGGUUGGGGUAGGCUAGUCUAAAUCACGCUUUCACUCUCAUGCUUUCACUUUUAGGUUGAAACACUGUUACUUUUUUGAGAAAAAUCAUAUUCUAAGCAGGUUCUGGAAACUGCCCAAAGUCAGCUUUGUUUAUCCUGCAUUCAGCAGAAGCCAAAGUUUUCUUUUAAAUAUAAAUGAAAUGUGGCCACAUCAUUACAUUAAAGAACCAAAUCCUAUUUUGCACUCUA